AUGGCUGGCGGAAAGGGCAAGUCGUCGGGCGGAAAGAGUUCAGGAGGAAAGACGUCUGGAGCCGACGGUCCCAAGAAACAGCAGAGCCACUCUGCCCGCGCUGGUCUGCAGUUCCCUUGCGGCCGUGUCAAGCGUUUCCUCAAGCAAAACACGCAAAACAAAAUGCGCGUUGGCGCCAAGGCUGCUGUUUACGUUACCGCUGUUCUGGAAUACCUCACAGCCGAAGUGCUCGAACUUGCAGGCAAUGCGGCAAAGGAUCUGAAGGUGAAGCGCAUCACGCCACGCCAUCUGCAACUCGCCAUCCGUGGUGACGAGGAACUCGACACGUUGAUCCGGGCCACGAUCGCCUUCGGAGGCGUCCUACCUCACAUCAACCGCGCGCUCCUCCUCAAGGUUGAACAGAAAAAGAAGGCCAAGGCCGCCGAG